GCCAUUCAACGAAUGAUUAUAUUGAAUUGUUGGGAUAAACGGGAACAGAAGGGCCAAAGCGUCGCUGAGUUGUGUAUUUCCAUGUUGAGUUUCAACUUGUGGUUUGGGAAGGUUCCUCUAAAUGAACAUUUUGGGAAGUUAUGAUUGUAGUUUCUUAAAGAGAGGAAAAAACUAUUGGCAAUAGUGGUAAGUAUCGUCCUAUUUAUACCGUUCUACUCUUUUAUGAUGAGAAACCUUGCAAUCACGACGGUCAUAUGAAGUCUAUUGUGAUUAGUUAUAGCAAGUCUGGACCUCUGAGAAGUGUUGGAAGUGGUGUAACUUUUGUAUGUCUUUUUAUCUCAAUUUGCAACUAGUUUGCUUGAUAGUUGGAGUUUUAUAUAAAGUUUUGGGGAGGAAAUGUUGGGCUUUUGUCACAAUGCAUUAUGUUGUUCACCAUUGAACUGCACAGCAACUAAAAAGUGUCCGUUUAUGUAUAAGAAACUGGCACCAUGGAAGAAAAGGAGAAGGUUGCUAUGGAAACCACUACCUGAAGUUGAGGCAAACAGUUGUGAAUAUGGUUUGAUUGUUCCAACUGUUGGGUGUGAUUUAUCACUACAACAGGAGGAAAUAAGAUUAUACGAAGAAAAAUGGGUUAUUCAAAAGGACUCGAUCAAUGUAGUUUUGUUCCAACCCAAAAUACCAGGAAAUACAGGAAAUAUUGGUAGAACUUGUUUGGCGUUUGGAGCGAAGCUUCACCUGAUUGGUCCUUUGGGGUUUUCUAUAGAUGAACACGCAGUGAGAAGAGCAGGACUUGAUUAUUGGAAAUACGUCGAUUGGAAAUACAGUUCUUGUUGGGAAGAUUUUGAAAAGGGUGUUCCAGAGAAUAGUCAUAUUUACUUUAUUACCACACAAGGAACGGUGUCUCUUGAAAGAGUGACUUUUAAGACAACUGGUCCUGUAUUCCUUAUCUUUGGUAGUGAAACGGAGGGCUUCCAACAGUUACCUAUCAAAGCUUUGGAUAAAGGUACUUCGGUGUACAUCCCAAUGCAGAACAAACAUAUUGUCCGUUCACAUAACUUGUCCAAUGCCGUAGCUAUCGCCUUGUGGGAGUUGCAUAAACUUGAAUAAACUGCAAAAAUUCUUUUGGUCAA